AUGGCGGCCUCAAACGACUUGAUCGACUUCGAUAUCAUCGAAAACCAGAAGGAGAACAUUCAAUCGCUACCGGGGGGCCGGUCAGCUCGAGAGCUAGCCCGGAUCUUCAGUCCUCGAGAAACGACGGACAAGCUCGCCGUGCCGUCGCCAAAUGAGACCAAAAGCGUCAACGAUGCGAUCAGGCAAGAAUAUGAGGCGGAGCUGCAAGCCAUUGACGAAUCUGAUGACCCCCUCGAUGUUUACGACCGAUAUGUGAAAUGGACGCUCAACGCCUACCCCUCCGCCCAGGCUACCUCCGAAUCCGGGCUUCUUCCUCUUCUCGAACGCGCCGUGAAACACUUUCUCUCCUCGGCUCACUACAAAAACGACCCCCGCUACCUGCGGCUAUGGCUGCAAUACAUCAGACUUUUCUCCGACUCGCCACGGGAGACCUUCGCGUUCUUGGCCCGUCAUCAUAUUGGCGAGGGCCUAGCAUUAUUCUACGAGGAGUUUGCGGCCUGGCUGGAGGGUGCUGGGAGAUGGACACAGGCAGACGAGGUCUACCAUCUCGGGAUCGAGCGCGAGGCGCGGCCAGCAGAACGCCUGGCUCGCAAAUACCGCGAGUUCCAGCAUCGAUACGAACAACAGACGCAGGAUAAUGGCCCCUCGUCGCCGGCCUUGCCCGCCGUCCGCCCAGCCUUGGCGGCCAAGGUUGAUCCUUUCGCGUCGGCUGCACCCGCCUCGCCCGACCCCCAGGCCGCUGAGCGCCCGGCAACCGCCCGCAGCGCCGCCCCGAAGACGAAAUCCGGCAAACCGAAGAUGGCGAUCUUCUCCGACGCCGACGCAGCGAGCCAGCCGGCGGUCAGUGGACCGGCGCAAGGUUGGGACAGCAUCGGAUCCCUGCAGGAUCGACGCAAGGAGAAUAAGGUGGAAGCGAAGCCUUGGGCGGGAGAAACCUUGAAGGCCGGAAAGAAGCCCGUGCCGAAGGAGAAGAUGACGAUCUUCCGGGAUGAGAUAUUUACGAUCGCAGGACUAAUUGGUGGCAUGAACCCGGGUUGGUUUACGAUUAAUGUAUUUCAGUCAAAAUCCAAAAUCCAAGUCAAACAAGAUAUUCCAGAUGUCGUGCCAGAGCACCGCGUAAGGGAAGCGAUCAAUCCACGUACCGGACGCCGCGAACGCGUUUUCGUCAACCUCGAUGCUGUAUACCCUGACUAUAAGAAUCCGAACUAUGAAGUUAGCUUCGAGGAGCUCAGAGCCAUGAGGCGGGGGUGGCUGAAGAAGGACUGGCGGGUGCCUAAGGUGCCUCUCAGGGAGAUUCCCGGCAAUGCUAAUGCCGAAAUGCCCUCCGAGAAUCCGCUUGAACAUGGCAUAGAGAACGAACUACCGGAUCAGUUCAGGCAGAAACUGACCGUGAAGGACAGAGAGGCUCAUGCGCAGGGACACAGUGAGGCAAAUGCUGCCCAGGAAAACAAGACCAAGGCACGAAAAAUGAAAAUGCGCGAGGUCAAGCAAGAAACCCAGACAAUCAAAAUGAAAUUCGAUUCUCCCACUGGAGGCAGCAAGAUUCGUCGGAAAAGCACUGCUGAACCCACGAUGACUAUACACACACGAGCUGCAACAGACGAGAUUUAUAGUAUAUUCAACCAACCACUGAAGGCGGAGACAGAUCAAGCGGCCGAGAGUGAUUUCGAUGAUGAUGACUACACAAGCGCUGGGGAGAGCACUGUGACGGGACAUAUUUCAGCUGCAUCCAGCGAUUUCGGCGAUGAUGAGACGACGACCUUUCACAAAUCAUUCGACGACGACGGGUUCGAGGAUAACACACGGGCGGAAAGUGUUAUUGAUGGCGAAUGGACACAGUUUUCUGCUUGCGACGUCCCCGACACACACACAUCUCAUUCACUCCUUGACGAACACCCCGCCUAUGACAAUCGAGAGAACGAGAUUUUUGACGACAAUUCCGGUAUCGAGCAACCUGAGAGACAGCGAUUUGUCCCGGAGAUGCCCGAAGAUUAUGUCGCUCCCUACGGCACCUACCGGGAUCCUGCGAUGGUAGCUCAGAACCGCUUGCCAUUCAUGACGCCGAUCGUUGAGCAGACGGAGUACUCGAUUUCAAUGACAGCAGCGAGGGCCCAGAUGUAUAACGCAAAGACACCCUCCAAACCGCAAAUGGGAAACCUCUUGUCAAGUCCGCUACUUGCGACUACUACCCCUCACCACGAGGACCACUUCGCCGAUAUCCCCGAGGAUGUGACCAUCUGUCCAAAUGUGGAUGAAGUGCGAUCUAGCAUGCGACUCACGCCUCUGAGUGAGAGCAGUCGACAGGAGCCGGUUAUCAAGCAACUGCAAUGCAGUCCCACGAAUAAAGACAUCCGUAACACCAUUCUUUAUUCCUUGCAGCCGCCUUUGGCCUCCUACGCCGGCUAUCACAACCACCCGCAAAUGAUGACCCAUUACGGCGCCGAAGUCCAAAGAUUCUUCAAAGCGACUAGCAAGCGUGGGAAGAGCGGGGACGAGGCGGCUUUUGACCUGCCCAUCCUUGAAUUACCAGGUGCUGACAGAAGCUAUAUCAUCCGACGAGAACUUGGUGCCGGAGCUUAUGCCCCCGUCUACUUCGCCGAGAGCAUUGAAGGCCUACCGUCUGACUCGGAGAUCGAAUCGACAGGUACCUCCAGCCGAGAUUCCCACAGCAGAACCGUCUCAAGCUACAACGCCCCGCGCCAUGGAUUCGAAGCCAUCAAAUUGGAGGUUGGCCCACCGAGUGAGUGGGAGUUCUAUAUGAUCCGCAUGGCGCACGACCGCUUGACCCGGAACCCUGAGCUCUCUCGCGCCACCGACAGUAUAAUUCGAGCUCAUGAGCUUCAUGUCUACCGCAACGAGAGUAUCUUGGUGGAAGAUUACCGCGGUCAGGGCACGAUUUUGGACCUGGUCAACCUCAUUCGCAGCGAACCAAUCUCGCCCACUACCAACAGCGAGGGUGGAAUGGACGAGGUGCUUGCCAUGUUCUUCACGGUCGAGCUAUUCCGCACCGUCGAAGCCCUGCACGCCAGCGGGAUCAUCCACGGCGACAUCAAAGCCGACAACUGUCUCGUGCGUCUCGACGACAAGGCCGCCCUGCCUCCUUCGCUGAUCGACCUGGACACCGACUACGCCGACCCGCGCGAAGUGCACUAUUCCCCGCGGGGCCACCACGGCUGGUGCAACAAGGGCCUCUCCCUGAUCGACUUCGGCCGCGGCAUCGACAUGCACGCCUUCCCCGCGUCCGUCCAAUUCCUCGCCGACUGGGAGAUCAAAAGCCACGAGUGCAACGAGAUCCGCGAAUCGCGGCCCUGGACCCACCAGAUCGACCUCUACGGCCUGGCCGGCACCAUCCACGUCAUGCUGUUCGGCAAGUACAUCGAGUCGAUGCCCGUCCGCCGCAGCGAGGGUUUUUCGUCCGGUGGAGACUCGGACCGGCCCGAUCCUUCCUCGGCCACCACCACCCGCACCUACCGCAUCCGCGAAUCCCUGAAGCGAUACUGGGAACGCGACAUCUGGUCCGACGUCUUUGACCUCCUGCUCAACCCCGGCGCCGAACACUGGGCCCAGGUCGAACGCGAGAACCGGAAUCCUGCUGCCGCGUGCGUCUCGGACGACGGUGCUGCACCUAUUCUCCCCGUGACCAAGUCGAUGGAACUCGUGCGUGCGCGCAUGGAGGCCUGGCUUCUGGCGAACGCGGAGAAAAAGGGCCUCGGCUUGCAGCUCCGCAAAUUGGAGGCGAUAUUCGCCGAGAGAAAGAAGAGAUUGGAGAAGGUCUAG